GGAGGGAGGGGCGGCGCGGGGCGGCGAGCGCCGGGCGCCGGGCAGCUGCGGUCGGCCGGCCGCGGACAUGGGCACCCAGGGCUCGGGGCGCAAGCGGCUCCCCAACCGGGAGCGGCUGACGGCCGAGGACGACGCGCUCAACCAGAUCGCGCGCGAGGCGGAGGCCAGGCUGGCCGCGAAGCGAGCAGCCCGAGCGGAGGCCCGCGAGAUCCGCAUGAAGGAGCUGGAGCGGCAGCAGAAGGAGAAGUAUUACGGGCUGGAUACGAAAUGGGGCGACAUCGAGCAGUGGAUGGAAGACAGUGAGCGCUGCUCUCGCAGAGCGAGGAGGACUGCCUCGGUUUCCGAUGAAGAUGAGGGCAUGUCCGUGGGCAGCCGCGGGAGCCUGUGGACAAACGGUUACGAUGGAGACCUGUGCAGCUCACAGCCCCCAAGCAGAAGAUCUGGCAGGCCUUCAGAACACAGUGGCCACCUUACCUCCAGCUCCCGCGCCCCCUCCAGGGCCAGCUCAGCCCGUGCCAGCCCAGUGGUUGAAGAGAGACCAGAGAAGGAUUGCACUGAGAAGGGGUCCCGAAACAUGCCGGGACUGUCCGCGGCCACGCUGGCCUCCCUGGGCGGGACUUCCUCCCGGAGGGGAAGUGCAGAUACGUCCAUCUCCCUGGACACUGAGCCCUCCAUCAGGGAAAUCAAGGAGCUCAAUGAGUUAAAGGACCAGAUUCAGGACGUAGAAGGCAAAUACAUGCAGGGCUUGAAAGAGAUGAAGGAAUCCCUGGCCGAGGUGGAGGAGAAGUACAAGAAGGCCAUGGUCUCCAACGCGCAGCUGGACAACGAGAAGACCAACUUCAUGUACCAGGUGGACACGCUCAAGGAUGUGCUGCUAGAGCUCGAGGAGCAGCUGGCCGAGUCCCGGCGCCAGUACGAGGAGAAGAACAAGGAGUUCGAGCGGGAGAAGCACGCCCACAGUGUCCUGCAGUUCCAGUUUGCUGAGAUGAAGGAGGCCCUGAGGCAGCGCGAGGAAAUGCUCGAGGAAAUCCGACACCUGCAGCAGAAGCAGGCGAGCUAUGUCAGGGAGAUUUCUGACCUUCAGGAAACGAUAGAGUGGAAAGACAAAAAGAUAGGGGCGCUAGAGAGGCAGAAGGAGUUCUUUGAUUCCAUAAGGAGUGAGCGCGAUGACCUUAGAGAAGAAGUAGUCACACUCAAAGAGGAACUGAAGAAACAUGGAAUCAUCAUAAACUCAGAAAUAGCUACCAAUGGAGAGACUCCUGACCUGCCCAACAAUGUGGGCCACCAGGGCCCUGCCAAGGUGACCACGGAACAGCCGAGUGCCCUCAGGUCCCUGGGGGACGGGCCUCCAGGAAGAGCCAGUGGAGUGGAGGUGCAAAAGGAGAAUGUGGGGCAAGGCGAAAUGGCACAGGAGCCCGAGCGACCCCAGCCCAAAGAGGACACAGCACGGGAUGGUGUGGACAGAGGGGUGCUGCAGCGCCGUGGCAGUGUGGAGGAGCAGAGAACCUCGGGGGGCAGUGCCCCAUUCCCAGGGUCGUUAGGAAAUGCCAGAGAUGAGGAACAGGUGGAAAACCACAUUCCAGAUAACACUUCUUUCCCCGAAAGUCCAGAGCAGGCCGAGAGGAGGGAGGCCAUGACCUUGGCGGCCAUGGGGCCCGGAGCUUCCCUGGAGGAGCCCGGCUGGGCGGGGGCUUCAGGAAAUCAAGCCCCAGGUGCUGGGAAUGGGCCAGACAUCAAAAACCACAGUGCAGAUUCUACAGGCACGCAGGAGGAAGAGAAACUAGAGGAUUUGAAAAACAGCUCUGGCAUGGCUAACCCCAACCUGUGUCCAGAGCCCGUUGCCACGGAGACGUCUGGAGGUGACAGGGCGAGCAGGCUGGAGCCCGUGGAGCGCAGCAGAGACCACACUGGAGCCAUGGAGGAGGCAGGGGCCUCUCACGCUGGGCACGGGGGCACAGAAGCCACAGGCUCUCCCAGGGAUAACAAAGAUGUGGCCGGUCACGAUGGCAGCCCGGAGGCGUCGGCCCCCGGCGCAGGGCAGGGUCCAGGGAAAGAGCCUGCCGCCCAGGAAGGCCCCAUGGAGGGCAGAGGCGUCAGCAGGGAGAACAGUGCCGAGGAGGACGGAGAGGCAGAAGUGGAGGCUGAGAGGGUCCAGGGUAUCGCUGCCUCUCCAGCAGCUGGGGACGGCCACCAGCAAGCGCAGCAAGCGACGGGUGCCGAGAGCGUCGCCGUCACCAUGAAGGAGCCUGAGGACAAGAACGAGCAGCAGGGAGAAGCCAUGGAGCCCUCGCAGAAGAAGGUCAAGAACAAGAAGAAGAAGAACAAGAAGAAGAAGGUGGCUGCUGCAGAAUCCCAGGCAGACACUAGGAAGGAGCUAGCCUGCGCGGAAGCGGAGUCCGGUCAAGCUGGGGGCGAGCAGGCCGGACCUGCUGACCCAGACCAAGCCCAGGAAGUGCAGAAGGAGCCGCUGGAAGACCCAGAGCAGGAGACCACGGCGGGAAGCAGUGAACAUCAUGAGUGUCCAGGAGCUCCCGAAAGUACGCUGGAUGGAAAGCUUCACCGAGAAGAUGGUGACACAGAAGCCACAGCAAGGAACAUCACAGCUGAGGGAGACACGCGUGGUCUCUCCAGUGACACAGUGCAAGCCCCAGGCUCUAGAGCUGGUGACGAAGAACUCAACGGAAAUGCCAUGAAAGAUGACACUGAAAAGGGUAGGGCUGGCAGCACCCUGCUGGAAGACACAAGUCCCUUGGAGGAGCUCCGCGACGCCUCCCACACAGCAGGUGCUGACACGCCAGUGAUGUGUGAUCAGCCCAGUCAGACGGCCAGGAAGGCUGCAGAUGACCACGGCAUUGUGGAAGAGGAUGGCAACUUGUCUGCCCCAGAAGGAGAGGAGGGGAACGGCAGAGUGGGUGCGAAGGGGGUCAGUGAGAAGGGCCGCGCCAAGGAGGACUGCACUCUGUCGUGAGCUGGGAGGCUGGCGGAGGCAGGCGUGCCCUGGAGGCUUGGCCCGGUCCCUCCGAUGGCAGAGCCCCUGCCUAA